AUUAAAUAAACGUCAUAUGUAUUAAUAUUUGAAACAGUUUUUUUUUCAAAAUUGUUCUGGAAAUUACAUGUAUAUAAGAUGAAGUUUAUUUGCAGAAGAUUUAAAGUACUAAAAAAUGCUGACCUCUACGGAAGUUCUAUAAAUCAAAAGUUAAAAGUAAAUUCGAUUGUCCACAAAUUAUCUGCAAAUAUUAUAUCACAAAUUAUUCCAGUCGAAAAUUCCUACUACAUCAGUAAGCGUUUUAUGACAAAUUCUUGCGAUGGAGGAAAUAAAAAUAACAUUUCUGGAAGACAUCAGUUUCAUAAGGAUACUGAGAAUAUACUUAAUGAACAAGUGUUAGAAGAAUUUAAGGCAGCUUAUGAAUAUCUUACAAUGGGUCAUUACUUUGGACGAACAGACGUUGCUUUACCAGGAUGCCAAGGCUUUUUUAUGAACAUGUACGAAGAGGAACUGGGCCACGCUAACAUAUUUACCAAUUAUGUGCUUAUGAGAGGAGGUCAUGUACAACUAAAAAGUAUUUCUGUGCCAAAAAACAAAACUUGGACGGUUACUGAAGCUUUUACUCGCGCUGUUCAAAUGGAACAGGGUAUAAAAGAAAAACUAAAUGAGGUUUUCAAUGUAGCCGAAAAGCAUAAGGAUCUUCAUAUCAUGGAUUUAGUCUCAACUGAGUUUAUGGAGGAACAACAUAGGUCGAUAUGCGAAAUGGCAAGACUUGUUACUCGGUCUAAAAUAACCGACACAAAAGUAGGAGAGUACCUUUUUGAUCAAAUGAUCUUUACAUCUUUUGUGAAGAAAGAGAAAGACAAAGAGAAUCUUAUGUAUAAACGCAGAUUAGAAAUUGUAGAAGACGCAGAUAAGCACGUAAUAUAUAAAUAAAAUUUAUGUAUUUC